AUUUCAUUUUAUUUUUCUUUCUCCCUAUCUGUGUGUGUUCUUCUUGGUCGGUAUGGAGGCUAUUCCUGAAGAAAAGUUAUGGACUGAGCCUCUGAUGAUGGUUGAUGAGAAGGCAGAUCAUAAUCAUAUGCUUAGAUUUAAAUUGGUUGAUGAUGCAAACUCAAACCCUAGACAUUCUCAAAAGGGAACUACCUCUUCUCUCAAGACAAUUGCCAAUGGAUUAAAUGCUUUAUCAGGUGUUGGAAUACUUUCAACACCAUAUGCAAUUGCAUCAGGAGGAUGGUUGAGCUUGAUUUUUCUAUUCACCAUCGCAAUUUUAGCUUUCUACUCUGGCUUACUGAUCAAAAGAUGCAUGGAAUCUGAUUCAAAUAUCAGAACAUAUCCUGAUAUUGGCGAACGAGCAUUCGGUAACAAAGGAAGAGUUUUGGUAUCGGUUUUAAUGUACGUCGAGCUUUAUUUAGUCGCGACAGGUUUCUUGAUUCUCGAAGGAGAUAACUUGCAUAGCUUAUUUCCAAAUUUUGCAAUCAAGAUUUUAGGUUUGGAUGUCGAAGGAAGACAAAGCUUUGUCAUAAUUGCUGGUCUGAUUAUUUUGCCUACGGUUUGGUUAGACGAUUUAAGCAUUCUUAGCUAUGUCUCUGCGAGUGGGGUUUUGGCUGGAGUUGUGAUUCUGGGUUCGGUUUUCUGGGUCGGAGCAUUUGAUGGAGUGGGUUUUAAUGGACGUGGAAAAUUGUUGAAUUGGGAUGGAAUUGGAAUUGCUAUUAGCUUAUCUGCUUUUUGUUACUGUGCACAUCCCAUGUUUCCUACUCUUUACACCUCAAUGAAAAAGAAGCAUCAAUUCUCUAAUGUUCUAGCAAUUUGCUUCAUUUUAUGUACAUUUAGCUAUGCAUCAAUGGCAAUUAUUGGUUACAAAAUGUUCGGAUCCGAUGUUAAAUCACAGAUAACUUUAAAUCUUCCGGCCCGAAAGUUAAGCUCAAAAAUAGCAAUAUAUACAACUUUGGUGAAUCCAAUAGCAAAAUAUGCAUUAAUGGUCACACCAAUUGUGAAUGCAACUAAGACUUGGUUUCCAAGUUACAGCAACAAGAAGUCAUUUAAUCUCGUCGUAAGUACGAGUUUAUUGAUCAGUUCCGUAAUCGUAGCUCUAGUUUUUCCGUUCUUUGGCACCCUGAUGUCGCUGGUCGGAGCAUUUUUAAGCGUCACAGCUUCAAUUAUACUUCCUUGUUUAUGCUACUUGAAAAUUUCUGGCAAUUUUAGGAGAUUUGGAUGUGAAGUGGUGAUACUAUGGGGGAUUAUAGUAUUUGGAAUUAUUGUUGCUAUUUUUGGUAUUUACACGUCUCUUUUGCAAAUAGAAGCUAGGGCAUGAUAAUUAUUUUUGUAUUUUUUCUAAGGUUGAAUUUUUAAUUAAAAAAAGGGCGUAAUGGUGAGUUUUAAGAUUUUUUAAUUUUGUAAGAUAUACAUGUGACAAAUAUAUAAAGAGA